AUGCCUGUUGCUAUCGUCACUGGAGCUUCAAGAGGAAUAGGAAGAGCCAUUGCUCUCAGACUCGCCGACGAUGGCAUGGAUAUUGCAAUCAAUGACCUCGAGAAGCAAGCCCCGCUACUACAGAAGGUCAAGGCAGAGGUUGAGCAAAAAAAUCUGGACCCGUCAUCUCCCGCUAUGUUUGACCAUGCUCUAAUGCAGGUCGAAAAUGCCUCUGGUUUGCCGCCGACGUUACCAACGAAAGUCAAGUCCGAGACAUGGUACGAGAAACAGUCGCUACCCUUGGAGAUCUCACAGUGGGUUCAUUGCUCUGCCACGAAAUCUCCUAUCGCUCGACUGCUUAAUCCCCAUGCUACUCAGGUCAUGGUGGCCAAUGCUGGCAUCAUAAUCCCCAAAUCAAUGAUGGAUAUCGAUUUGGAAGAAUUCAGUCUCAUUCUCAAUGUUAACGUGAAGGGAACGUUUAUCUGCUACCGUGAGGCAGCCCGUCAGAUGAUCGCACAAGGCAGAGGAGGACGCAUCAUCGGAGCGGCUUCUCUGGCAGCCUACAGACCGUCACAUGGGUCAACCCCGUAUGCGGCUAGCAAGUGGGCCGUUCGCGGUUUGACUCAAAGCAUGGCCUAUGACUUGGCGGAGCAUGAUAUUAAUGUCAAUGCCUAUUGUCCGGGUCCCGUUGAUACUCCGAUGUGGGAGCAGAUCGAUGAAGCUUUGGCCAAGGAACAAGGACUAGCCAAGGGUGAAGCGUUUGCAAGAUCUGUCGAAACUCGAUGCGGCUUGAAGCGACCUUCAGUCCCUGACGACAUCGCCGCUAUUGCGAGCUUCCUAGCCGGCCCGGGUUCGCGAAACAUCACGGGGCAAGCCAUGAUUGUAGAUGGAGGCAUUGCCUACUAA